AUGGAGAAGUUGUGCUUGGCGGGGAGCGGCGUGUGGACCAUCAACAGCUCUCUGGGGAACGGCAGCCUCCGCCUGGGGAGCCAGACCUCCGGCAGGAACAGCACCGCGGACCCCCUGAAGAGGAACGAGGACAUGGCCAAGGUGGAGGUGACGGUCCUCUGCCUCAUCCUGUUCCUCGCCCUGACCGGCAACCUGUGCGUGCUGCUGGCCAUCCACACCACCCGGCAGAAGCACUCCCGCAUGUACUUCUUCAUGAAGCACUUGAGCAUCGCUGACCUGGUCGUGGCCAUCUUCCAGGUGCUGCCCCAGCUCAUCUGGGACAUCACCUUCAGGUUUUACGGGCCAGAUUUCCUUUGCCGGUUGAUCAAGUACUUGCAGGUGGUGGGGAUGUUUGCUUCCACCUACAUGCUCUUGCUGAUGUCCCUGGACCGGUGCUUGGCCAUCUGUCAGCCGCUGAGGUCUCUGCACAGGAGAGCGGACCGGGUCUCUGUCCUCUUCACCUGGCUGCUGUGCCUGCUGGUCAGCAUCCCCCAGAUCCACAUAUUUUCUCUGAGGGAUGUGGGCAAUGGGGUUUACGACUGUUGGGCAGAUUUCAUCCAGCCCUGGGGACCUAAAGCCUAUGUCACCUGGAUAACCCUCAUGGUCUACAUCAUCCCCGUGUUGAUGCUGAGCAUCUGCUAUGGCUUAAUCAGCUUCAAAAUCUGGCAGAACGUGAAGCUUAAGACGGCUCACGGGCCCAACGUGGGUCUGAGCUCUAGCUCCCGCAACGGGACGGCGUUUGCCAGGGUCAGCAGCACCAGGCUGAUCUCCAAAGCCAAGAUCCGGACAGUCAAAAUGACCUUCAUCAUAGUGCUAGCUUUCAUAGUGUGCUGGACUCCCUUUUUCUUUGUGCAGAUGUGGUCCGUGUGGGACACGAAUGCUCCGCAGGAAGGUACGUCCUCUCCCCUCCCUUAGCCCUGCGUUUGCAUGGCCCGC